AUGUGCAGCUGCAAAGAGGAAGCUGGCCUGUUUCGUGUGAGAGUAGAGUCGUCCACAGGGAUACAGAUCGUGGGUUGGAAGCUCGAGGCAACAUUUAGGGAGGUGACUGAGCUUGUGAAGAAGUUCCUCGCCGACAACGACUGGGAAAACGAGGAGUGCGACUUCACCUUCGAGCAUUCUGGCAACAAUGUUGAACUCAACGCAGGUUCGAUGACAACCCUUUUGAAGCUACCGGAAGAGAAAAGGAUGGUAAAAGUGACUGUGCAUCAGCGCUUGCUGGUCUACUCUUCCCGUGGCAAGGAGACAUUCGGAGUUGUCAAACUGGGGCAUGGCGGGACGGCAUCUGUCUUUCAGCAUCCGGAUGAGCUCUUGGCACUUAAAGUGGUGUCAAUGAGAGGGAAAAGAAGCAAAGCCAAGGUGGCCUGCGAUGCUAGCGCUCUCGCCAUGAGAACGGAAAUCGACCUGCACAAGGAGAUGAGUCGACAGCUUUCUGGAGUCAUCAAAUACCACUGUGAUGCAGAGGUCAAAUGGCCGGGCGUUGACAAAAUCCCAGGCUUUUUUAUGGAGCGCGCAUGGGACAGUCUGUCAGCAUUGAAGGAGCCGGCGGAAUGGGCCGACGCCAUGUUUUUUAUGCUUACGGAAGUCGGACCUACGCUGCAUGGAUUGCACUUAUUGGGAGUGUACCACAACGACAUCAAGCCAAGCAACCUGCUCCUUGCAGCACAGCCGAUACCGACAAAGAGUUGCGAUGACAGGCCCGUGACGCAGCUGAUGUGCAUCAAGAUUGCCGAUUUCGGAUCUGCGGUCCAGCAUGGGGGGUAUGCGCCAUCAUGGACCGACAUGUACGCGCACCCAGAACUCAAAGAGCACGCUGCUGGGGUUCGACCAUACCCAAAGGCAUGUGCAGAAUAUGAUUGGUAUUCGUUCGGACAGUCCAUGUUCCUGCCGCUUCCCAGGGCUGGUGGGUGUGUGCUCCAACGGUGGCUGUGCAAUUGGGAAACUUUCUGCUCACAAGAGUUGAAGCCCUUCGUGCCGCUAAUAUUCUCAGUUGGGUGUAUCUUGAAAGAUGACCACCCUGCCAUCGGAGCCUUGUGCGCCCAAGUUAGCUGCGGCAUGACUCAGAAGGAGCGUGAGCUGUUGCACUGCUUUGCCGAAAGCCCAGAAGGUGGCAGCGUGAAGUUUGCUCUUACGGAGGAUCUUCAGCGGCGCUCGGUCGCCUCCUUGCAGGUCUCUCUGCGAAGUGGCGCUUCAAGCAACGUUUCCGUCGAUUCAGUGACAAUUCGAGAUGAUGAUUUUAAGUUCUUUCGACUGCAUGCGGAGUGCUGGGCAGCACAGCAUGGCUUGGACUACCGUUCGUUGGCAGCAGCAGGAAUUCUGCAUCAGUUGUCCCAUUAUCAAGAGAGAGAAACCUGCGCUGCGCCACAAAGUCCAGCUGGCAGUCUUGACGGCCAGCAGAUCCACUUAAGAAAGCUGCAAAGCUCGGUCCUCACUCGGCUGAGAGCCCUGCUUGAGGAGGGCUCAUGGCUCGGCGAGGAGGCAGGAGACGAAGAUAUUUUCCAGAGCUUUUCAGAGCUGACCGACUCCACUGCGUUGUUGAUGUCCUCAGAUUCGGUGCAAGCUCCGCUGACCUUGACGCUGGUGACGCCAGAAAACGUGUUUCGCAGCCUCAGCUUCUCCAGUUACUUAAUCAUCCGAGAUCAUCUGAGCUUUCAAUUUCCAGCAGCAGUCUCCAUGUCAAUGUUACGUACAGGUACGGUGACCUCAGUCUUUCUUGCGGCACUCAAGCCUCCGGAGGAGAUCCUCCGCACUAGAGCGAAGACAGCAGCAGCAGCUGUCUGGGCCACGCUAAGACUCCGUACAGGAACAGGCUCCCAAACAUUUCUCGAAGCAACAUGGGAGGAGAUGGCAGCGGAAGUUCUCCACCGCCUAAAGAACCCGGAGCAGUUUCCAAUGGGUCCCGAGCCGGAGAUUACUGUACCAGCUGUGCCUGACAUGAGCGCUCCCUGGAAGAAGUGGGGACCAGUGCCCUGCGAUGCCAGUCAGUUGACAGCAGCAAAAGUUUUGCAGGCCUGGGUGGAUGGAUUUCACACCAGUUUCAGUCGCCACGAGCUCGUAGAGGACAGAUACGUGUUCAAGUGGGCCAAGGAUUACUUCAAUUGGCACGGCUACAACUUUGUGAUGGUGCACACGGAGAGGAACCCGACGCCGCUGCAUGCGCAAGACCUGGAAGUGGACGAAUUGGAAGUCCCGAAAGGAAGCUUCGGCUCACGUUGCUUUUGGAUGUGUGCAGCCCCUGGCACCGUCCGAUUCCAAGUCAGAAUUGACGGACUACAGGGCCAUGCGUCAAGGAAGUUUGCACCUUGGGGUGUUUGGAACGGCCAGGAAGACGGUGACAUCGUGAGCUUUGGAUGA